GCCACUUUGAAAUCUGGAUCAAGCCCCCUCUUUUUAUUCUUCUUCUUCUUCCUCCUCUUGGGCCGUGUUGCUUCUUGAGGACCUUGACAUUAUAGGAGGGGUUUGGUCUGUAGCAAUGGCUAUGGUUAAGUUUAGUGCCGCUUUGAUCCUGGCUCUCAUUGCCAUUUCCAUGCUCCAAGUCACGGUCAUGGCAUCUCAUGGGCAUGGCGGUCAUCACUUUAACACUAAUGCGUAUGGACCAGGGAGUCUCAAAAGCUUCCAAUGCCCAUCACAGUGCACGAGGAGGUGCAGCAAGACUCAGUAUCAUAAGCCAUGCAUGUUCUUCUGUCAGAAGUGUUGCAGGAAAUGCCUUUGUGUGCCUCCGGGAUUUUAUGGGAAUAAAGCAGUGUGCCCUUGCUACAACAAUUGGAAGACCAAGGAAGGAGGUCCAAAAUGCCCUUAGAUUGAUGAUCCAUCUACUACCCCUUUUUGGUGCUUCCAAUUUUCUAUAUUGUUAAUUUAAGUUUAGCACUAUCAUUAGUGAAUACAGCAUUUGAUGCUGUACUACCAUCUAUCAUCGGCAACCAUAAUAUUUUGUAUUGCAUUUGGGUUUGAUUUUUUUUUUUUUUUCUUUUUUCGUUUUGUUUGGGAGCUUUAAGUCACUCCUUAGGAAUUUUGCCUAAAUGAGAGUGGCUAAGCUAAAAGCUUAUAUAUAUUGUCAUCAACAAAAGUUUAUGGCUUUACUAAUGCGGACUACUAAUAUAUAAUUAUAUAUUUGAUCUA